GCAAACUGAAUUUCCUAUAUAUUGCUCACACUUCUAAGCGACUGAUUCUCAGGGCCAAAAACAUGGGUGGGUUAGCUAAUUACAAGCCUGAAAUGGUCAUGAUUGGCCUCCAAUUCUGUUAUGCAGCUCUUGCUCUUUUUUCUAGGGUUGCCCUUGUUAAGGGUAUGAGUCCUAGAGUCUUUAUUGUCUAUAGGCAAGCCAUAGCAACUUUUGUAAUUGCACCUUUUGCAUGUUUUUCAAGGAGAAAAUCAGGUGGGACUUCUUUGCCAUUAAAGAGCUUCUCUUUGAUAUGUCUAGCUUCACUUAUAGGUGUAACCAUCAAUCAGAAUGCGUACUUUGAAGGUUUAUAUUUAGCCUCAUCAUCAAUGGCAAGUGCAAUGGGUAAUCUAGUUCCAGCAAUUACAUUCUUAAUGGCAGCCAUUAUGGGAUUAGAGAAGAUCAACAUGAGAUGCCUUAGAAGUGCAGCAAAAGUAAUAGGAACAAUAUUGUGUGUUGGUGGAGCCAUUGUAAUGGUAUUGGUUAGAGGACCAAAAUUACUGAACUCAUCCAUUUUUGAUGGUGAGAAUUGGUUGCUUGGUUGUCUAUAUCUCGUUGGAAGUACUUGCUGCUGGUCUUGUUGGUUGAUUUUGCAGGUUCCAGUUACAGCAAGCUAUCCUGACCACCUAUCUUUAUCAGCUUGGAUGUGUUUUCUAGCAACAAUUCAAUCUGCAAUACUUGCAAUAUUUCUGGAGAGAGACAUUAGUGCAUGGAAACUUCAUUCUUAUUUAGAACUUUCCUGUUGCUUAUUUGCUGGAAUUGUAGCAUCUGCACUCUCCUUCUUUGCUCAAGCAUGGUGCGUUUCACAAAGAGGUCCACUUUUUACUGCAAUGUUUAAUCCUCUGUGCACUGUUAUUGUCACUGUAUUUGCUGCUUUAUUUCUCCAUGAAGAGAUAUAUAUUGGAAGCCUGUUAGGAGGAGUUGGUGUCAUAAUUGGUCUGUACAUUUUGCUUUGGGGAAAGGCCAAAGAUUUUAGAAAGAAUGGUGAAGAAGUAGACCCAAAACUGGGAAUCGAUCAAAUGCAAAAUGCCAAUACGUUAAUAGAUGAAAAAUGUAAAGCUGAUCUUGAAGAACCUCUUUUGUUUGAUGAAUCGUAUUACAUUGAUGAGAAUAGAGUACACAAAUAACAAGCUCUAACCUCUUUCAAUAGAAGAAGAAGAAGAAGAUGAGAAUUGGUUAAUUAUGAAAUUAAUCGAGCCCAAUUUUAGAGUAACAGAAGAUAAGUAGCAGCUUAAUUACUUGAUUUAGUGUUUGUAAAUAUCAAAUUUUUAUUUAUUUUUGCCUCGUUUAAAAUUAGUGUUUAUCUUUUGCUACUUAAAUAUGUUUGUUGUAUUGCAA